AUGGCGGAGGAAGAUGCAGAUAUAGCUCUUUUACAUCAGUUGCAGGCGGGUCAAGAGGCUACGGCUUGGGAAGAUGGAGAUAAUGCAAUCGCAGAGGGUGAUCUACCUUCCAAUACAGAAGAUAACAACGAACAUGUCAAGCAAGAUUCAGUUCAAGAUGCCCAAGUUUCUCGUGCUUUGUCUCCUUCAGGCGCAGCCGCGUUAGCCGCUGGCGACGAUUAUGAUCCUUCCUCCGUUACAUCCCUUUCAGCAGUGGUAACUGAACAAGACCGCUCAAGACCAAGCUCUCAAACUUCUGUGCGCAAGCCAAAAACUGUUGGAGGAUUUAUUGCAGAUGAUUCUGAUGAGGAAAAUAUCGAAUCCCCAUCAAUUACUACUGGUCAUUUGCAACUCCCAGCUUCUGAUAACCCCAAACGCUCUCCUUCCCCAUUGCAAAACUCUAUUACUCAACAGGAAGUACCCAUCAAGAUGGAGAAUCAAGUUGAUUCCAAGACGGAAACACUUUCAUCUAUUCCUGCUUCUGUGAACCCGAGUAGCAUGGGAACACCUAUAGAACAAUCCUCGGUGCAAGUGCCCGUCCCUGUUGGUACAUCGCAAAAUACAUCUAUUCCCAGAGCUCGUCUUCCUCAUGAUAAGAUAGGUAUGCUUGAAGAUCGUGUCAAGGAGGAUCCGCGAGGUGAUAUGGAAGCUUGGCUUUCUUUAAUUAGUGAACAUCGGAAGCGCAACAAGUUGGAUGAUGCGAGAGCAGCUUAUGAAAGAUUUUUGAAGGUCUUUCCCCAUGCUGCAGAGAUUUGGGUUGCCUACACUGAGAUGGAACUCGAAUACGAAAACUUUAGUGCAGCAGAACAAAUCUUUGGCAAAUCACUGUUGACUGUCCCAAACAUUCAAUUGUGGUCAGUCUAUUUGAACUACAUACGCCGUAUGAACGACCUUAAUGUCGAUCCUAGUGGUUCUGCUCGUGCAACCGUGUCCCAAGCAUACGAUUUUGUGUUGGCAAACAUUGGUAUUGAUAGGGACUCUGGAAAAAUUUGGCAAGAUUAUAUUCAGUUCAUUCGUAGUGCACCUGGUUCAAUUGGUGGCAGUAGUUGGCAAGAUCAACAAAAGAUGGAUCAAUUGCGAAAAGUCUAUCAACGUGCCAUCUGUGUGCCUAUGUCAAACGUGAAUGAAUUGUGGAAACAGUAUGACCAAUUUGAGAUGGGCUUGAAUAAGAUGACGGGCCGGAAAUUUCUUCAAGAAAGAUCUCCAAAUUAUAUGACUGCAAGAAGUGCCAACACUGCGCUAGAAAAUAUUACACGUGGCCUUCUGCGUACAACUUUGCCUCGACUUCCACCUGCUUUUGGAUUUGAAGGCGACCAAGAAUAUUUACAUCAACUAGAGCUAUGGAAGAAGUGGAUUUCCUGGGAACAAGAAGACCCAUUGGUUCUACAGGCGGAUGAGCCAGAAGCUUACAAACAGCGAAUCGUAUACGUUUACAAACAAGCUAUCAUGGCAUUACGUUUCUGGCCUGAGAUUUGGGUAGACGCUGCUGAGUGGUGCUUCAACAACAACUUAGAUAAGGAGGGGGAUAGCUUCCUUGCUGAUGGAAUUGUCGCGAACCCCGAGAGCUGUCUAUUAGCGUUCAAGAAGGCCGAUCGACUUGAAUCUACACUCGCUACCGAAGAAGCCGGAAAGAGCGACAUUGAGAAAGGGGCAAUUGUUCGGGCGCCUUACACUAAGCUUCUGGACUCUCUGUAUGAACUUAUCGGUGAUUUGAAAGUCAGAGAGACGAAAGAAAAAGCUAAACUGGAAGAGAACUCCGCCAUUGAUGCCUCCAUCAGUGCAAUUGUGAGAAAGGCAGAGGAUGAUGAUGAUGACAGUGACCCAGAAAAGGAUGCCCGAGAAAUUGCUAAAGCUACUCAGUUGAAUGCUAUCACACAAGGAUAUGAAAUGCAGAGAAAACUUUUGCAGCGUACUGUGUCUUUCUCCUGGAUCGCACUAAUGAGGGCCAUGCGACGCAUUCAAGGAAAUGGUUCAAUUGAAGCAAAGACAGGAUCAAGAUUCAUUUUCGCCGAGGCCCGUCAACGCGGUAUGAUCACAAGUGAAGUUUAUGUUGCCAGCGCCUUAAUUGAACACAUGGUGUACAAGGACAAAUCUGGUACAAAGAUAUUUGAAAGGGGUGCUAAACUUUUCCCAAAUGAUGAAGCCUAUCUUCUGGAGUAUUUGAAGCAUUUGAUUUCCAUUUCCGACAUCACCAAUGCCCGGGUUGCUUUUGAGACAGCAGUCAGUCGUCUAGCACAGAAACCAGAAACUGUUUACAAGACAAAACCACUUUACGUUUACUUCCACAGUUACGAAUCCCAAUUUGGAACUUUAGAUCAAAUCAAGAAGCUAGAAAAGCGAAUGGCGGAACUCUUCCCAGAUGAUCCGAAGCUUCUCAGGUUUUCCUCGCGUUAUAGUGUGGAUGGGUUCGACCCUACUGCUGUACGACCCAUCAUUUCGCCUACUUCACAGAUGAGACCCAAAUUGGUUAUGCAAUCCAUUGAACAAGCUCCCUCCAUUCCAGACAGCCCGCGACCUCAAUAUGUACAAGAGCAAAGCCCGCGGCCGCAGGCACCACCACAGUUUGUGCAGAACCAAAACACGAACUCACCAAAGCGACCUUACCCAACCGAAGACUUUGAGAGCGAGCUCAACCCUCCACGAAAGCUAGCUCGUGGUCAGUCUCCACUAAAGGGAGCUGCAGGACGCAGAUUGGCUCAACAAAAGGGAAUUCAGCAGACGCAAGGCACUCCUGCAUGGCAAUCAAACACGGCACCAUACGUAAUCCCGCGGGAUAUUACAUUUUUACUCAGCAUUAUCCCUCGUUCUGAUAUCUACCUUCGCGACCCACAAAUGAAAGACAUAAAAUUCAUUCCAAAUGAUUUAGUGCGACUCCUUGCCAGAACCGAGGUUCCGGAUUACGUGCAGUGGAAAAAUGCGAAGGAACAACUUCAACAACCUCAACAACGCUAUGACGGUAUGAAACCCAGUUACCAAGCUCCUAAUACUCGUGAAUCUUAUGGCUAUGGUGGACAAACUACUGGAAAUAGUGGAUAUUCCGCAGAGCCGCGUCACCUGUCGCAAUCUGGUUAUCUUCCUGUUGAUGAUCGAGUUUCAAGCGUAAUUCAGGGUCAUGAUUACACCAGAUCUCCUGUCACAUCUCAAGAUAACCAAUGGGGAGGUGGAUACGGUCAGGCGCCUUCUCAUACCCGCAAUGCGAGUUUCGAGAGUAGAGGAUGGCAAGGGCAGCAACAACAGCCCGGACCAUAUACGCAAACCCCAUAUCAUGGGAAUGGAAAUGCCAAUGGUGGAUAUUAUCAUUGA